AUUGGGCGGGGCCGGGGCCGGGGCCGGGGCCCACGACGCAAGUCCAGUACUCCGCCAGCUAGAGUAGACUUACUGAGCCCAAGAGUCCAAAAGAAAAAGCCAAAAGAGAGAAAUCAGAGGAUGGGAUGAAAACCCCGGUACGCACUGCACGCGCGGCGCACGAUAGAAGCAGGAAAAUCCGUGGGGAGCAGGGGUAGCAGAUGACUGCCCCGGUUAUCUUGUAGCUCUACGCCUUCCCUGUGUCAUUCCCCAGUACUGUGUUAAUCGCAAUCAAAAUGAGAAACCAUUCUUCAAUUAUUAUGCUCCCUCGUUAAUAUAAUUAUAUAAAAUAACCAACAGUGUGUCAAGACUGACUCCAACUUCCAACAACAUUAGACGGAGUAGUAUCAACUCCAACCUCCAUUAAUCUCGCUCCGUCUCUCCCUACAACAAUCCAUCUCCGCUUCUAAACCCUAACCCCGAACCCUUGAAUCCGGAAAUUUCUGCUUCCGCAGGUGCUGUUCCGCCAGCUUUGUUGAUUUGUCCGGUCUCCCUGAGUUCUGCGAGGGCGGGAUUUUGCCGUUCUGGACAGUUAGGGCUUUUUUUGAGCGGUGAUUGUUCUUCUUCGUUUUUUCCUUCUUCUUGUUGGAGCUGGUAUGGCGCAGUCGACGAUGAGCAGGGGGAGGGUGGUGGGUGAGUACCAGGUGGGCCGGCAGAUAGGGUCGGGCUCGUUCUCGGUGGUGUGGCACGGGAGGCACCGGGUCCACGGCACGGAGGUCGCUAUAAAGGAGAUCGUCACCGCGCGGCUCAACAAGAAGUUGCGGGACAGUCUCAUGUCAGAGAUCGUUAUUUUGAAGAAGAUCAAUCAUCCUAAUAUCAUUCGCUUGCACGACAUCAUCGAGGUUCCUGGAAAGAUACAUCUUGUAUUGGAGUACUGCAAAGGGGGUGAUCUUUCUAUAUAUAUUCAACGCCAUGGAAGAGUCCCAGAAGCCACUGCAAAGCAUUUCAUGCAGCAACUAACGGCUGGUCUACAAAUCCUUCGUGAUAAUAAUCUUAUACAUCGAGAUUUAAAGCCACAGAAUCUCCUCCUCUCAACAAGUGAUAGCAACUCAGUCUUAAAGAUUGCUGAUUUUGGAUUUGCAAGGUCUCUACAACCAAGAGGCCUUGCAGAAACCUUGUGUGGUUCACCAUUAUACAUGGCUCCUGAGAUAAUGCAUCUUCAGAAAUAUGAUGCAAAGGCAGAUCUCUGGAGUGUUGGUGCCAUUCUGUUUCAGCUUGUCACGGGGAAAACCCCAUUUACUGGAAACAAUCAGAUACAGUUGCUCCAGAAUAUCGUGAAAUCCACCGAAUUGCAUUUCCCUCCAGAUAGUAAGGAUUUGAGUUCUGACUGCAAAGAUUUGUGUCAGAAAUUGCUGCGCCGUAAUCCAGUGGAACGGUUAACAUUUGAAGAGUUUUUCAAUCACCCUUUCCUAUCUCUGAGACAAGCUGAUGACAUGCUAAGGAGUAGGAGAUCAUUGAGAAUAUCUGAUGGUAUUCCAUUUUCUGAAUGCAAUCCAUUGAGGAACAUGGAAGAAAAUUCUCAAGAGGAUUGUCUCCCUUUUUUUCUGGAUGACGAUUCCAGUGGUCCUGAUGGAAGCCCAUCCAAUAUGGGGAGGAAGUCCUCCAUGAAGUCUACUUAUGGAUUCUCUAUUGAUACGAAAGUUAAUAGGAGGGAAGCAGCAUCUAACACUUUCAACAGCAUGGAACAUGUUUCCAAAUAUGAUAGUGCCACAUAUAGACUUGAAGAUUCCGGAUUUAAGCUUGACAGUAGAGCACCUGAUGUAAACCUCAAAGAGCCCAUAAAACCAAUUGACCAAAGACCGGUGAACAUUCGAUCUAAGGCUGUGGAUUCAUUGGAAUUGAGUGAUCAGGAUUAUGUAUUUGUGUCUGGACCUCCAAUGGAUGUGUCAUCUUCCUCUGUGAGUGCUUCUAAGCCAAGCCACUCUCCGUGCAUAUCAGAAAGUCCUCAACCUGUGUCACUAAAUAUGAACAACACAUCAACUGCUCCAAUGCAAAUUGUUGGUGCAGUGGAUGGUAAAACGUGUUGCAUUGGUAGCCUGGAAAGUCAGAGUUCUGCUCCGUCUGGGACUUCACAUGGAUCUAUGGAUAUAGGAGAUGCUAUGGAGCAGCCAUCAAAUCAUUGCAUGACAAGGAUUAAGUCGUUGCAGCAGUGUGCAUCUGCCAUCAAAGACUUGGUGAAUGAGAAGAUUGAGGCAGGUAGACAACUGGAAGCAUUCUCAAUUCAGCUUGUGAUUCUUGCAACAUGGAAGCAAGCUCUGCAUAUUUGCCAUGCACAGGCUGCUUCAGCCAUGGAAGGAAGUCCAACACAAGAGACUACCAGAUUGAGGAGGAGUAACAGCAAGAAGCAUGGUACUUCUGAUAUGCAAGAAUGCCUUGAUGUGGUUAACACUCAAGGACCAGAGGAUAUUUGCUCUCAAAUUGAGAGGAAAUUUCUUCUUGAAGUUGAGCAUGCUGAGGAACUUGCCAAGGUUAUUGACCCUGGAAGUACAGAGAUGCCGGAUGCAAUGGAGACAAUAUUUCAAUCUGCCCUUGCUUUAGGCAGACAUGGGGCAGUUGAUGAAAUGAUGGGCGAUGGGGAGAGUGCAGAGUUGUUGUAUUCAAAAGCAGUGCGCUUGUUAAGGUUCCUUCUUGUGGAAGCACCAUCCCUCAUUCUCAACCCUCCAUUCUCUCUCACAAACUCAGACCGGUAUAGGCUUCGGAACUACAUUGAUAUGCUGAAUAGCAGACAAGGCCAUUCAAGGUCUCAAAGGACGGCUCGUCUCAAGUGUGAAAAUCAACCAUGCCUCCCCUGAGACCUUUUGCAGGUUACUAUUUUUCAAUGGUCUCUCCUGUUUCAAUGUGUAAAGUUAUUUAUUUGUACAGCUAUUCUUUUGAGCGACUCGGGGAAAGGAGAUAGGAAUGGUUGUAUCUGGUUCACAGAGGCUAUUGUUAAUAUUUGAUUUCUGUAAAUUAGAGAAUUAUAAAAUGUGCAUUUCUUUUACCCA